CCGGCGGCGGCGGCGCCCAUGGACGCUAACCGCCCGGGCGCGUUCGUGCUGAGCAGCGCGCCGCUCGCCGCGCUGCACAACAUGGCCGAGAUGAAGACGUCGCUGUUCCCGUACGCGCUGCAGGGUCCGGCCGGUUUCAAGGCGCCCGCGCUGGGCGGCUUGGGCGCGCAGCUGCCGCUCGGCACCCCUCAUGGCAUCAGCGACAUCUUGGGGCGGCCCGUGGGCGCGGCGAGCGGCAGCCUCCUAGGCGGCCUGCCCCGUCUCAACGGACUCGCUUCGUCGGCUGGCGUCUACUUUGGGCCCGCGGCCGCCGUGGCGCGCGGCUACCCGAAGCCGCUGGCCGAGCUGCCCGGGCGCCCGCCCAUCUUCUGGCCGGGCGUGGUGCAGGGUUCGCCCUGGAGGGACCCGCGCCUGGCCGGCCCGGCCCACGCCGGCGGGGUCCUGGACAAGGAUGGCAAGAAGAAGCACUCGCGGCCGACCUUCUCGGGCCAGCAGAUCUUCGCGUUGGAGAAGACUUUUGAGCAGACCAAGUACUUGGCGGGUCCGGAGCGUGCGCGCCUCGCCUACUCCCUGGGCAUGACCGAGAGCCAAGUCAAGGUGUGGUUCCAGAACCGCCGGACCAAGUGGCGCAAGCGGCACGCGGCGGAGAUGGCGUCGGCCAAGAAGAAGCAGGACUCCGACGCCGAGAAGCUGAAGGUGGGCGGCUCCGACGCGGAGGACGACGACGAGUACAACCGGCCCCUGGACCCCAACUCGGACGACGAGAAGAUCACGCGGCUGCUCAAGAAGCACAAACCCUCGAACUUGGCGCUGGUCAGCCCGUGCGGCGGCGGCGCGGGGGACGCCUUGUGAGGACGCGGCGGCGAGGCCGCACAACCAGGGUACGGGAUGCGGGCCGGCGCCCCAAGCCAGCCGCCCGCGCCAGAAGGAGUGUGUAUAUAUAUUUUUACAGAAUAAGUUAUAAAGCGGCCCGGCUCCGGCUCGGCGUGCAGGGACCCUGGCCGCGCCCGCGUCCCUGUCCCCGGCGCGUUCGGCGGGGGCGUCGACCCAGGGCCGCCGCUGCUGCGCGUCCUGGGAGGAAUCACUUUGUAUAAUCAAUAAAUUAUUUAA